AUGGCUGACUCUUUACUGGAGCUGUUGGCUCCGAAUCUGAAUGGCGCUCAGCUAUCGGACAGCACGACUAGAAAGUAUCUGAACCGUUUACCGACUCUGUCCUUGGAUGCACUGCAAACCACCGAACCGCAAUCACUAGCACAGUCCUCUCAUUCAUCCCUCCUUUCUCUUCAGGCGCUGUCGAAUCGCUCUCACCGGUCCUUCGUCGCUUCAGCCGAUCACCUGUCCACUCUAAGCUCAUCGAUACCGCAAUUGAAACAAGAGGCACAUCAGCUGCGGGAUGCGGUUCCCAAGCUUGACGAAGAAGCCGUCAGGUUUUCCACAAAAUAUAGCAAAACCACCGAUAAUGCCGCACUUGAACGGAGAAAGAAAGCUAUGCAACUAGCUCGCAACGUUGACCGGUUAUCCGACAUACUUGAACUACCGUCCCUUUUAUCCACUGCAGUGUCUGCGGCCUCUGCAAACUCGGGCGCAGGAGUGGCCUCCACUACAUAUUCCUCAGCUCUCGACUUGUACGCACAUAUCAAGCGCCUACAAACUUUAUAUCCGGAGUCGCCAUUAGUCCAGGAUGUGGCGUCGCAGGCAGAGGACGCCAUGAAAGAGAUGACGACCAACUUGAUCGCAGGCCUCCGAGCCCCGAACCUACGGCUAGCAGCUGGUAUGCGGACUGUAGGAUGGCUUCGGCGAGUCGCACCAGACCUGGAGAACCUGCGAAAGGCAGGGAGCGCUGGCGCUGAAGAAGGAGCGCUCGGGGCCAUCUUUCUGAUCUGUCGCCUGGCACAUCUCGUCUCCACACUUGAAGCCUUGGAUCCCCUACGAGAGCUUGCCGACCAGGAAACGCAGCGCAGAACAAAUAGCAAGAACACCACUGAGAGUUAUUCCGACGGGCAACAGACAGAUCGUUAUCUCAAACGAUACAUUGAGAUAUUCCGAGAACAAAGCUUCGCCAUCGUCUCACUAUACAAGAACAUCUUUAGCUCCGAGCAAUCAGACGUCGAGUCAGGCGUUCCCCAUGUCCGAGGCUUAGACAUUCCCAAAACUGCGAAUCAAUCAGCCCAAAUACACGAUCCAUUACAGAAAUUACCUUCAGCCCUGGCAACCUUCCCCAUGCACUUGGUGCAAUUACUCACAGACACGAUGCGUGCAUAUAUCCCCAAUGUUCGGGAUCGCAGCUCCCGGGAGAGUUUGUUGACUCAACUACUUUACUGUGCCGCUAGCCUUGGUCGACUUGGAGGUGACUUCAGUAUGAUUCUGACCGAGUUGGAUGAGGAAGAUGACAUCGCAUACGAAUGGGAAGAUGUGAUGCGAAAACAUCGGGCUUUGGCUGGCCGUUUGGAACAACUCACAAGUCGGGUGCCUGUAAAUUAA